AUGGCUAAGUCAAAGAAUCACACGAAUCAUAACCAGAAUAGGAAGGCUCACCGUAAUGGCAUUAAGAGGCCGAAGAAGCAAAGAUUCAUGUCAAUGAAGGGUGUCGACCCUAAAUUCCUCAAGAAUUUGCGUUUCGCCAAGAAGCACAACAAAAGACAUGUCAAGAUGGAAUCUAAUGCCUAA